GUUCGCUGAUGAUUGUCCGCCAAGGCGGCCAGAUGAAGGCCAUCGGGCACAGUGGCGACGGAGCAAGCCCUGCUCCCGUCAACCCGACACCGCUGACCGUGAUCAAGAAUGCUCGAAAAUGCUUUCUUGAAGAAGGUGUGCCGCUGCUGGAAAGCCUUCUCAAGCGAGACAGUACAGCCACGACACCGUUCAUCCUCGUUGUCGAAAACACGCGCGCUGGCGCGUUGGCCAUCGUUGGUGCGGCAAUCCUCCAGCAGAUUUGUGUUCUUGUUCCGUCAUCCAAAGAAGAAGCCAUGGUACCAUACGUCGCCGAGCACACGGGCAUUUCACUCGUGGUGAAUCCACAGACGCACCAUGUUUCAAAGCAUGUCCUGGCCUCACCACCACCAACUCCCGCAUGGCUUCAACACGACCAAGUUCAAAACGGUGGAGGUGUGUGCAUGCUCACGUCUGGCAGCACGGGGCGGCCCAAGGUCGUAUUUUGUACAUGGAGCAGCAUGUUCCUUCAAGGUCAGGCCACCGAGAAAGCACUCUUUCCUCAUGGGCCCUGCCGCUUUGUUUGUGCAUCUUCUAUUGCUCACGCCUACGCAAUUAACGCCCUCUUUGCGAUCUACAUGUCGCCGUACGGCGACUUGUGUGAAUUGCUGCUUGGCAUUGACAUCCACGCAAUACAGAGCCCCAUGUCCCAACCGUCGUCGUUAUCUCCACCGUCAAGCGCCAGCAUCCACUCAACUACCAUUCUAUACGGCACCCCUGGCAUCUACACGAAGAUUCUCCAGUCCGCCACGUCAAAUUUAUCCCUGGCCCAUGUCGUAUCCUUCAGUGCUGGCACCACCUUGCCGGCACACCUCAAACAAAACCUCCGCGAUUCAUUCGGUCUCACUGUGCUCCAAAAUUACGGUUCCACCGAAACAGGCGGCAUUGCAACGGAGCUGCCGAGCGUAGAGUCCCCGAGCGAGCUCAAAAGCAGUUUACAACCAGUCGGACAUCCUUGGCCAGACACAGAAGUGCGUAUUGUGCGACCAACGAGCAAGGGUCGAGUUACUAGUGUCGACGAAGACGGUGAAAUUCACGUGAGGACGCCGUGGCAAUGCGCUGGUUACGUGGAGCAUGGUGCGCUGACUCCCAUCAGCCGCACGGGGUUUUACCACACUGGCGAUGGCGGCGCAGUGGAUUUGACGUCAGGCAUCAUCCUCGUCGGGCAGAGACUGCGAGAACCCAUUCAUUUCCGACACCAAGGGCUGGACGUAUUUAUUCCGCCGCAACAAGUCGAGCGUACCUUUCGCACCAAUCCACAUGUGACGGAUGUGCUCUUACCACUCCUGGUACGGUCGCGCAUGUCGGCAGGUUUUGUUAAACCUGUGGCACUGGUCGUUGCACCAUCAAGUACCCACGAUGAGCUCGUGAGGUGGUGUGCUGCGCAUCUACCAUCAGUGGUGCAAGACUUGGACAUCCGCCUUGUGGAGUUCCUACCGUGCAGCCCCGCCGGGAAGCUCAUGUACUCGUUGUCCGUUGAUUAGACGAGCCGACCGUGACGAUGGGUUGAUAUUAAAAUCCCGUGUUCGAGUGUUUGAAUUCAUUGAACCAAAAUUAUUUGCGUUUGAGAAAGA